AACAUAAUGUGCAUAGCAAAGAGAGAUUCAAAUGGGGAAUCCACAUGUUUUGGUCAUACCUUAUCCAGUUCAAGGCCAUAUAAUUCCUUUAAUGGAAUUUGCACAAUCCUUAGCCAAACAUGGCAUCAGAAUCACAUUUGUAAACACUGAGUACACUCAUAAGCAAGUCAUGGAAGCACUGGAAAAGAAGGAAGGUGUCAGGAAUCAAGUUCAUCUUGUUUCAAUCAGAGAUGGACUUGAAUCUCCGGAGGACAGGAAUCAAUUAGAGAAGCAUGUUGAAUCAGUCCUCCGGUUCAUGCCAAAGAAAGUCCUGGAGCUCAUGGAGCAAAUUGACUCAUCAUGGAGUGAAAAGAUCACUUGUGUUGUUGCGGAUCAGAACUUUGGAUGGGCCAUGGAAAUUGCAGCAGAGAAGGGCAUAAAGCGAGCUUUCUUCUGUUCUACUGCAGCCACACACAUGGCCUUAAGAUUUAGCAUAGAAAAGUUGAUCGAAGAAGGAAUAAUUGAUAAUGAUGGAACUCCAAAGAAGAAACAGAUGUAUCAAUUUUCACCAAGCAUGCCUGCCAUGAACACAGCACACUUUGGAUGGGCCUGCAUUGGUGACAAGAAAGUACAGAAAUUGUUUUUUGAAAAUGUGAUUAGAAACAAGAGAGCAAUAAACUUAUCAGAUUGGGUCCUUUGCAAUUCAACUUAUGACCUUGAGCCUGGAGCCUUUAACUUCGAUCCAAAAUUCAUACCAAUAGGCCCACUUUUGGCAAGCAACCAAUGUGGCAUCUCCGCAGGAAGCUUCAGGCAAGAAGACUUGACUUGUUUGAAAUGGCUUGAUCAACAACAACCCAAAUCAGUCAUAUAUGUUGCGUUUGGCGGCACAACUGUUUUCGAUCGAACCCAGUUCCAGGAAUUGGCCAUGGGGCUUGAGCUCUCCAACAGACCAUUCCUCUGGGUUGUGCCUCCUGAUUGUACAGAUGACAUGAAUGUUGCCUAUCCAGAAGGAUUUCAACAGAGGAUCUCCACUCAUGGGUACAUAGUCAGUUGGGCACCUCAACAAAAGGUGCUGGCACAUCCUUCCGUUGCUUGUUUUGUAAGCCAUUGUGGCUGGAACUCCACCAUGGAAGGCUUGAGCAAUGGCAUCCCUUCCUUGUGUUGGCCUAUAUACGGAGACCAGAUGCACAAUGAGAAUUACAUCUGCAAUGUUUGGAAGAUUGGCCUGGGGCUCAACAGAGAUGAAAAUGGGAUAAUUACAAGGGAAGAAAUAAAAAAUAAGGUGGAGGAACUGCUGAACAAGGACAUGUAUAAGGCAAAUGCCUUAGGAUUCAAGGAAAAGAUGAUGAAUAGCAUCAAAGAGGGUGGAGGUUCCUACAAUAAUUUUAGGCAUUUUGUUGAUUGGCUCAAGUCAUAAGUCACAAAUUGUUUAAACUUCAAUAUGAUUGUAACUUUGAGUCACUUCCUUUCUAUCAAUAAGAGCUCCAAAGACCAUCUGCUUGU